GUGCCAGCAUCCACAGUCCAAGAUACAUUAAUCUUCGCCAAAAUGAAGACCUUCAUUCUGUUGACCGCAGUGCUAUGCACGAUCUCUGGAUCGGCUAUGGCUAAGCCAAAACAUCAUCGCCCAUCCACCACUGAGGCUGCUCCUGCCGGAACUGGAGUCUACAACUGUCCAGCAUGUCCCUAUGACUACACUCCGGUUUGUGGCUCGGACGGACUCACCUACUCCAACGAUUGUGUCCGAUACUGCUCGGCUUUACCCUUCGGAUCCGUGGCUGUGUCCUAUUCCGGAGAAUGCAAUGUGGCUCCUGCCGGGAACACCGAUUAUAGCUGCCCCGUUUGCCCUGCUUACUACAUGCCAGUUUGUGGAUCUGACGGUGUCACCUACGAGAACGAUUGCUUCAGAUAUUGCUCGGCUUCUCCCUAUGGAACGGUUGCUGUGGCCUCUUUCGGUGAGUGUAACGCUGCCCCUGCCGGAAACACCGAGUAUAGCUGCCCUGCUUGCCCCUACGAUUAUACUCCGGUUUGUGGAUCUGACGGAUUAACCUACUCCAACGAUUGCGUCCGAUACUGCUCGGCUUCACCAUUCGGAUCGGUUGCUGUGGCCUACGCUGGAGAGUGUGCCUAAGUCGCCUGACGAAACCUUGCGCUGGUAAUCCAAUCGAAUAUGAGUAUUGUAAUUGUCAUCAGAUGAAAUCUUCGAAGAUCAUCAAUAAAGUUAAACUAAUGCAUUCGA